GAAUUAGAAGCAUUAGAUGAAGUGGAUAUGGAAGACAAACUUGCCAAGAAAAAGUCAAUAAGAGAUUAUGUUGCCAAGAUCGAUUCUAAACAAUUGAAGAUGGCAGCGAAAUACCAUGGUGAUUCUGAUCUGCCUUACAGAGACAAUAACAAAUACAGCAAGACAGGUGUUCGUCAGCCUUUGGACAACUCUGCUGAUCUGGAUGGUGCCGAUUGGGAUGCUGAAGAUAAUAAGACCGCUAGUGCAGUCCGAAAUGGCACAAACGACGACGACGAGGAUAAUUAUUAUGAAGAAGUGGCAGGAAGCAAAGCAGCAAAGAAAGAAGCCAAAUUGGCAGAGUAUGAAGCUGGGCGAGUACCGAUUGUCGACGGAGACUUCAAGGUCGAGGAUGGACACAAACGAUUGGCAUCUUACCAAAUUCUCAAGAACAAGGGUCUCACACCUCACCGCAGAAAGACCGUCAGAAACACACGUGUCAAGCACAGAAACAAGUUCGAGAAGCAGGUCAAGAAGCUUUCUUCAGUCAAGCAGAUCGUCAAAGAACAGCAUUCUGGCUAUGGUGGAGAAUCCACUGGUAUCAAGACCAAUGUCGCUCGUUCCGUCAAACUGUCACAAUAGAAUUUAUCUUGUAUUUUAUGUCAUUAAAUCACUCUUUCUUGUUUCUUUUACCUUUUACCUCUUUCUCUCUCAUUGUAAAAAAUAUAUAAUCAAA